AUGGAGCACGCGAAGCGUCAGCACCUGGGCUGGGACGUCCGUGCCAAGCAGAUGCUGGACACAGCUCUCCACGAGGAGAGCGUCCAGGACAUGCACCUCUCCUCCACUUUCCGGAAGAACCCACGGCAUCAGAAGCUGGUCGGGGCGAAAACGGAGAUGUCGGCUGCGCCCUUGAAGCCGCACCGAUGCAUUUCCGAGCCCUCCCUCUCGGCUUCGCCUUCGCCCACAGCGCUGAGAACUGGAACGGCGCUGCGCAUCUCCCCCUGGAAGCCCGUUUGGGAGCCGGGGAGCUCUGCACUGACCUUGUGCCCUCAAAGAAAUGAGGAACAGCUCCUUUCGCGUCGGGAUGACCUGACCGCAACGAUUUCCUUCCUCCAGAGCUCCAUCAAGAAGGACCACGCAGAGCAGAUGGCGUGGAAUUCCCAGUGGGGCUUCAAGCGUCGCCCGGACGGCGGCUUCUGGAUGAAGCCGCUCGAGCGAGCACGGUUAAGCCUGGCGCUUCCAGGUAAUGCUGCGAGCUACGCAGCUCGGAGCAUCUUCCAGCUCGCUUUGGUUUGCAUAGUGGUGAAUUUCACCACAGCUCAACAGGCCCCAUAUUUCAUGGGACCUCGGGCAAUGACUCGCUCGCACCUCUCGUCUUGGCUCAGCUUCCGGGAUUUGAGCAACAAGAACAUGAAGCGAGGUCUCCUGCUGGUUCCGCUUUGGGCUGCUCAGGUCGGGGAGGAGGGCACGUGCUCUGCAUCCGAGGAAGCAUCAGGCAAGUGCAGCGUGCCGCAACAGAUCACGGAAGAAGCUUUGGCGGUGGAGUUGGAUGGCGUUGCUGAGGACAUGCAGAAGCUGUGCCCGCUCUACGACUCGCCGCUGACCCCGGCGACUCUGUGGGUCUUGAAGAUCAUCAAGCGCCUGGCUGGGACAAUGUCCAUGGUGAGCCUCUGGCCCGUCGGUGUUCAUCCGGAGAGCUUCGCAGAUGAGUACACCGCGGCAGUGAUGACCAUCAUAGGUCGCGUCCUGCUUGGCAUGUACAAGACGAGGGACAAGUCCUACGUGAACAUCCCCACGGAGAUGCUGGCGCCCGAAGAUCUGUUAAAAGUGGAGAACGUGCACGUGCCCCACUAUGACCCAGACGGGAGUCCGAACUUUUACUGGUUCGAGGCUGCGGUGCCGAGAAUCGUCCUGAGCAAGAUGUACUUGCCGCUGAUGACGUGCUUCUACAGCGCGCUGCGGAAGAUGAAUGCUGAGAACUACUCCAUCGCAGGACGCUUCGACGAUGCCUUGGACGAUCCCAACCACAAUACCUGGGAGGCAGUUCUGGGUGAGGUGAAAUCCAAAAGCAAGCGAGACUGGGUUAUGAGCUUCUACGACAUCGCGCACACCUGGGAUGGUGUAGCGCUGUGGCCCAAGCAGAUGACGGACUUCAGUACGUACUUUAAGAAGGACGAGUGGGAGGAUGAGCUGGAGCACGCCAUUGGGUUCCACCUCAUUGGCACCCACAGGCUGGAAACUGGCAGCUGGUUCUUCAAGGAUGUGGCUGGCUACGAGAGCGUGGAAUUCCCCUUCAGGAUCCCGUUAAACAGCCUCAGCGUCUUCAAAGUGCGGCCGGGCUUCGGGAAGUAUGGCGUAGACCUGCUGCUUAGCUAA